AACCUUCUUCGCCCACCGACCAUUCCCUAACGAACUCUCCCGUAUGGCUUCACACCAAUCUCCCAUUCCUCCUCUCACUGGACGAUGAAACAUUCCCAAAGAACGGCUUUCUCGCACCUCCCCAUCGCCACACUUUUCUUCACCCAAAUCAAACCCUCGCCCUCACGCCACUCUAACUUUCCAUCUUCGAGUCAACGCCCUCCAAAUCCCUCACCCAUUCUUCCACCAUCCCCAUCCAAAGUCUUCCCCGAAUCCCCCCUUUUCAACCACCCCAAGUCUUCACCAAGAUCGGAUUAUUCUUCCCCCGGACCGUUCUGUUCUUCCUCCCAACCAAAAUUCUCGUCUGCCUUUUCCGAAUUAGUGCCACAAUUGAUCCCAAGAUGGCGUCUUUUCAAUCCGAAAGCAGCGAGACCAGCUCGAGGUCUUGAAAGAUCGAACCUUUUCGAUCCGAAAUCGCCCCGUUCCACCUCUCAGAUCAGGUUCGUGUCGUCUUCUGCUGCUGGAAAACCACCUCAACGACCGUUUCCCGGCCCCAUGACUCCAGAUUCGCCUUCGCCGAUCCAAGUCGUUUCGACGUUCGCGUCGCCGUUCGAUGAGUCUCCCCCGCACAUCGACGCGAGCUCAUCGAUCAGGAAGCCGCUUAGCUUGUGGCCGGGGAUGUACCACUCCCCGGUGACCAAUGCUCUCUGGGAAGCGCGUUCGAGCAUCUUUGAGAGGCUUCUUGACCCUUCCAAGGAAGGGCCGCCGCAGUCGGAGUUGCUGACGAGGACGCCAUCCCAGAGCAGGACGAACAUCAUCUACAACUUUUCGAGUGAUUACAUCCUGAGGGAGCAGUACCGAGAUCCAUGGAAUGAGGUCAGGAUCGGGAAGUUGCUUGAGGAUCUCGACGCACUUGCCGGCACCAUUUCUGUGAAGCACUGCUCUGAUGAUGAUAGCACCACAAGGCCCCUCUUGUUGGUCACUGCCUCGGUAGAUAAGAUGGUUCUAAAGAAGCCAUUGCGUGUAGACACUGACCUAAAGAUAGCAGGUGCCGUCACAUGGGCUGGUCGAUCAUCCAUUGAGAUACAGAUUGAAGUUACCCAGACUCAUCAACAAGCAGAUAACUCUGAAUCAUCAGAUCCAUCGGCUUUGACAGCAACUUUCAUAUUCGUUGCACGGGACUCGAAGACUGGAAAGUCAGCUCCUGUAAACCGCCUUUUACCGGAAACUGAACAAGAAAAGUUGCUCUUUAAAGAAGCAGAAGCAAGGGAUAAAAUUCGAAAAGGCAAACGAGAGGAACAGAAAAGAACUUUUGAGAAUGGUGGGCAUAGUUUACAUGGUGAUAUAAAGAGGCUAAAGACAUUGUUGGCAGAGGGGCGUGUGUUCUGUGAUUUGCCUGCAUUAGCAGCUAGAGACAGCAUUCUGAUAAGGGAUACCAAACUUGAGAAUUCACUGAUCUGCCAACCUCAACAAAGGAAUCUCCAUGGUCGUAUUUUUGGCGGGUUUCUGAUGAACCUAGCAUUUGAACUUGCAUUUUCGACUGCUUAUGCAUUUGUUGGGCAGAUGCCAUGCUUUCUUGAAGUGGAUCAUGUUGAUUUCUUAAAACCUGUUGACGUGGGGGACUUCCUUCGACUUAAAUCUUGUGUUCUUUAUACACAACUAGAGAACCCAGCACAGCCUCUGAUCAACGUUGAAGUUGUUGCUCAUGUAACGAGACCUGAGCUUCGAACCAGUGAGAUAUCAAACAUGUUCUACUUCACUUUUACUGUAAAUCCUGAUGCCCUAAAGAAUGGACUAAAGAUUCGCAAUGUAGUUCCUGCCACAGAAGAAGAAGCCCGUCGUGUACUCGAGCGAAUGGAUGCGGAGGAAAUAUUUGCUUAACUAUAUACAUAGGCAUGUGCCAUUUGAAUGGCCAGACUGUCUUCUGCCAGUUCACAUCCAUAUAUUUAUGCAAUAAGAUUGAACACCAUUUAGGAAUGUCACUGUCUUUAACAUAAUUCGACAGCAACUUAUAAGGCUUUGUUACGUAUAAACAUUUUUGCCGCAACUUUUUUCCGAAUAAAAUUUGUAAAAGCAAGGAAGUAGUUUCUGAAAUCAAGUUUAAUUACCCCUUGUUUCC